AUGGCAAAUAAGAAGACCACCUCAUAUGGUCAUCUCGCUUCCCGCAGGCUCGGCCGCCAUCUCCCUCGCAUAGCCAGUGGCGACGCAGAGGAACCCUGGAAUGAGAACGACUCAUCCCAGCCACCCACCGACGACGAUCAUCCACAACCAUCCCAUCCCUCUCCCCGCCGCACUCACACGAACCACCAGCGGACACCGUAUUCCCCAGCAGCGAACCAGGAGUUCGUCGUCCCGGGCGUCACAAACGCCGAUGAUGUCGCCGGCAUCCCGGGCCGUCUCCGUCUCUCGCGAGACAUCGCCCCCGCAGGUGAUGCCUCGGUUCUCCAACGUGCCCCUGCUACACGUUAUACCCGCGCCCUCUGGGCGGAUACCCAGCGUCACCUGAUCCAGGCGUAUGAAUACCUCUGUCACGUCGGCGAGGCCCAGCAGUGGAUUGAGGGCUGUCUCGACGAGGAGCUUGGCUUCGGCGUCGUCGAGAUGGAGGAAGGCCUUCGCAAUGGCGUUGUGCUCGCCAAGCUUGUCCGUGCGUUCACGGCCGAAAGAGUCGUCCGACGGAUCUACGAGGCGCCCAAGCUCGACUUUCGUCAUUCUGACAACAUCAACUACUUCUUUGUUUUCGUGAGAGAAGUAGGCUUGCCCGAGGGAUUUAUAUUUGAGUUGACCGAUCUCUAUGACAAGAAGAAUAUUCCCAAGGUCAUCUACUGUAUUCACGCUCUCAGUCAUCUUCUUGCUCGCCGUGGACUUGCGGAACGCAUUGGAAAUCUUGUUGGACAACUCCAGUUCUCUGAUGACCAGCUUCAACGGACUCAGAAGGGUCUCAACGACGCUGGUGUGGCCAUGCCGAACUUUGGCAACGUUGGCCGCGAGCUUGCCAAAGAGAUCAACGAGGAGCCCGAGCCCGAGCCAGAGGAGACUGAGGAUGAGCGUAUUCAUCGAGAGCUUCUCGAAUGCGAGCCCUCGGUCGCUGCUCUCCAGUGCGUUAUCCGCGGUUUCCUCGUUCGUAAAGCGGUCGCGACGCAGCAAGGGCGCCUUCGUCUCGCUGAGCGGUACGUUCCAAAGUUGCAAGCCCAACUUCGGGCAACGCUUGUACGGAAGUUCGUCGCUCGCGCACGCGACCGCCGUGCGUCCCUCGUGCCAUGGGCAACACAACUGCAGGCUCAGGCCCGGGGCGUCAUCAUACGUGGUCGCUGGCAGAUGUACCAGCGUCGCGUCCGGGCGUUGUCAAUGAUGGCGAUCAAGCUCCAGGCUCAAGCCCGGGGUGUCCUGCAGCGCAGGAAAUACACCAAACUUCGUAAGGCACUCCGGAGCGCUUCGCCUGUUGUCCUCAAGCUGCAAUCAACUGCACGCGCUCGUAUCGCGCAGCGCGACCACAAACAGAUCACGAAGACUUUUGCGAAGACGCAAGUUGCCCGUUCGGUCGUUACGUUCCAGUCGGCUGCGCGCGGAGCGCUCACUCGUCGGCGUGCCGCCGAACAGCAGAAGGUUUUCGAGCAGGCCGGGUUUGAGUACGUACAAGCGCAGUGCAGGGGUGUUCUCGUCCGGCGGCGUGUCCGUGCGCAACUUGCGACUCUUGAGGAUGUCGUCACCUCCGUUCAGGCCGCCGUCCGGACCUACCUUGCCCGGAAGCGUCUUCUCACUCUCAUUCGGGGUCUCCGGCGUGUGACUCCGCUUCUUGUCGGCGUUCAGUCGGUCGCUCGGGCUGGGCUUGCCCGCCGCGCUCACCGCGACAUUGGCAAGGCGCUUGGCGAGGUUCGGGUGGUCGGCGGCGUACAGAACUUUCAGGCUUUGGCUCGUGCAGCACUCGCGCGGAACAAGCACCGCGAGCAAGCUAAACAGCUUACGUUCGUCGAGCCUGAUGUGCGCGGUCUGCAAUCGCUUGCACGUGGGUAUCUGGUGCGGCGCGAUUACCUCGCCUGGCGGGACCAUGUGUGGGCGAGCGAGCCAGUUGCGGUGGCACUGCAGGCGCUUCUGCGCGGUGUGCUGCAGCGACGGAAGUUCAGACAGAAGAUGGCGUACUACCGUGCGAACCUCGACAAGGUCGUGAAGAUCCAGUCGUUGUUCCGCGCCAAGGAGACGCGCGAGCAGUACCGCGCGCUCACGCUCGGGACGAACGUGACUGUGGGCACGAUCAAGAACUUUGUGCACCUGCUCGACGACUCGGAGGCGGACUUCCGGGAGGAGAUCCGUGUGGAGCGGCUGCGGAAGCGCGUGGUGGAGAGCAUCCGGGAGAACCAGGCGCUGGAGCACGAUGUGAGCGACCUGGACACGAAGAUUGCGCUGGUCGUGCAGAACGUGAAGUCGUUCGAGGAGCUCGUGAAGGCGCGGCGGAACGGGGACAACGCGGCUGCGCACGCGUCGCGCGCGACUAUCCUCGCGGCGCACGGGGAUCCGUUCGCGGGGCCGAACACGCUCGACCACUCUGCGCGGAAGAAGCUAGAGCUAUAUCAGCAGCUAUUUUAUUUGCUACAGAGCCGGGGGGAGUAUUUGGGCAAGUUGUUUGGGCAGAUGGGCAAGGGGGACGCGAGCGAGAAGAACAGGAGGCUCGCUGAGCGGGUUGUGUUGACGCUGUUUGGGUACGGGCAGGAUAGGAGGGAGGAUUAUCUGUUAUUGCGGUUGUUCCAGCUUUCGAUCAAGGACGAGAUCAAGUCGGCUGGGUCGAUCAGCGAUAUUGUCCAUGGGCACCCGAUGUACAUUAACAUUGCUGUGCACUAUGUGCGCCCGAAGCAGGUCACGUAUGUUCGCGAGACUCUUCAGGCUAUCAUGCGUGAACUCGUCGAUGCCGUCGACCUUGAUUUGGAGGCUGAUCCGUCGGUUAUCCAUCGGUCACGAAUUGACAUUGAGGAGAUGCGCUCUGGCCAAGCGAGCUCGAAGCCCAAGGACGUCCCCUUCUACGAGGCUCUCAAGGAUCCUGAUACUCGCGCCGAGUACAUCCGUCACCUGCAGAAGCUGCAGUGGUGGACCGAGGCCUUCGCUACAGCGAUCAUGCAGUCCACCAAGCGGAUGCCGUACAGCAUGCGCUUCUUGGCGAGGGAGACGCUGAACUCCUUGCGGGAACAUUUCCCUGAUGCUUCGGAUCAAGAGUAUGCGUCGUGCAUCGCGAGGCUGGUGUUCUAUCGGUACAUGAACCCUGCGAUCCUAACGCCCGAGACGUUCGACAUGGUGUCGCAGACGGUGGACGUGGCGACGCGCAAGAACCUCGCGCAGGUCUCGCGUGUGCUCUCGCAGGUGGCGUCCGGUGCCGAAUUCGCGGACGAGAAUCCGAGUUAUAUGCCGAUUAACGAGUACGUCCGUAAGGGCAUUGGGCAGAUGACGGCGUGGAUGCUGCAGAUUGCUGACGUGCCCGAUGCUGAGACUUAUUACCGGGCGCACGAGUUUCUUGAUGCGACGGUUCAGCCGAAGCCAAUCUAUAUUUCGCCGAAUGAGGUUUAUGGUAUGCAUGCGCUGCUGUCGCAGUAUCAGGAACAACUUGUGAGCUGCCCUUCUAGGGAGGACACGCUCAACAUUAUUCUUCGCGAACUUGAUGGUGUACCUCACUUGGACAACGAUGAGCUGAAGGACGCCAGAGACCGUAAUAUUACACUUGAGUUGACGAACCGGUUCGCUCAUGUGAAAGAUCCUCAAGCCGACGAAAAAGCGUUAUGGGUUCAGGCUAAACGGCUGGUUCUUGCGAUCCUCCGGGUGCAGCCUGCCCAGGACCUUGUCGAGUCGCUGAUGAAGACGGUCACCGAUGAGGACGAGGUUCGGUGGGAGGAGAUUGUGUCAGAGAUGGAGAACGAGCCCAUGUCCCGGCGGAUGCCCUCGACUGCGGGUCCCGAGACAUCCUAUCGCCUCGAGGACAUCCGAUCAUUGUCGUUCAGGGAGGUUAAGGCGCAUGCUAUCUUCUUUUUGCUCGAGCUCGAGAAGCAAGACAAGAUCACGCGGAAUGAUGGGUUCCAGGGUAUUCUGAAUGCUAUUGCCAGCGACGUCCGUAGCAAGCACCUCAAGCGUUUGCAGCGGCAGCAGGAAAUGGACAGUAUGAAUGAGGCGCUGAAGCAUCUUCAGGAGCGGAAACAGCAUUUCCAGGAGCAGAUCGACAGCUACCACAACUAUGUGGAGGCUGCGAUGGCGACAAUGCAGCGCGGAAAAGGGAAAAAGCGUUUCGUUUUGCCUUUCACGAAACAGUACUUCCACAUGCGCGACUUGCAAAAGUCUGGAAAGAACCCGCAGUUUGGGUCUUUCAAGUACACCGGAAAGGACCUGUACGACAAGGGAAUCCUCCUAUCCAUUGACCAGUACUCGCCACGGCAGUUCGACAAGAUUGACGUCAUCCUUUCUUCAAAUAAGGCGGGCAUAUUUACCAUCGAGAUAUUCAACAACACCCUCGGUCUCGUGAGCCGCAUCGCAACUCAAGACCUGCGCAUGGAGGACCUUCUCCAGGCUCAGUUUGAGAAUCAAGCAUCCCUCAGUCUAUUUAAUGGCCUAGCUAAGGCCAACUUGAGCCUCUUGUUGUAUCAGAUCAACAAGAAGUACGUAUUUGUCGUUUUUAUCGCUCGUUGCUGUCUCUUAACUUGCUGUUUGCCAGGUUCUACGUUUGAGCAUGGGCGCCGCCGCUUUUCAUUUUCCCCUCAUGUCACUGCUUCAUCAUCAUGA